GCAUCCACGUAAGCAGAAUCAACGCAUAGCUCCACGUGGACUGAUAUCAUUAAGCGAAUUUAAUCGGUCGCUUGUUGGGUCCCCCGUCGGUCACAUCCACCGCGAACAGUUGGACCGAACUGUAUAUUUGUGGAUCUGCGAUCAGAUCGUUUUGCAUCAACGCGCGACGUAAAUCUUAUCACCGCCAUGGCAGCUCCGUUUUUCUCUACUCCCUUUCAGCCUUAUGUCUAUCAGAGUCAAGAAGAUACAGUUACACCUUUCCAAAUUCUGGGUGGUGAAGCACAGGUUGUUCAGAUUAUGUUAAAACCACAGGAGAAGGUCAUUGCUAAGCCUGGUUCAAUGUGCUACAUGUCUGGCUCCAUUGGGAUGGAGAAUACUUAUACCCCUGAACAAGAAGUUGGUGUUGUACAGUGGGUUUUAGGCAAGAGUGUUAACAGUGUGCUUCUUCGCAACACCGGCCAAACCGAUGGUUUUGUCGGUAUCGCUGCACCUUCUUUGGCAAGGAUUCUUCCAAUGGAUCUGGCAAUGUUUGGUGGGGACAUCCUUUGCCAGCCAGAUGCAUUUCUCUGUUCCGUCCAUGAUGUGAAAGUGGUAAACUCUGUUUACCAGAGACAUAGAGCUAGAAACAUUGCUGCGGCUGGCGCUGAGGUGUUUCUGAGACAAAGGCUAUCUGGCCAGGGUCUUGCUUUUAUUACUGCCGGUGGCUCUGUUGUACAGAAAAACCUGGAGGUGGGAGAAGUUCUCACCAUUGACGUUUCUUGCAUUGCCGCUCUCACUCCCCCCAUCAAUUUCAGAAUCAACUACCAUGCUGCACCUGUAAGACGGGCAGUGUUCGGGGGUGAUAACGUAGUAACAGCGACGCUGACGGGACCAGGCAUUGUGUUCAUCCAAAGCUUACCGUUCCAUCGACUCUCCCAGCGAAUCGCAAGGUCGGUGACUUCCCCAAACAUGAGGGAAAAUCCACGAUUUUUAGUUCAAAUAGGAUUAUUCUUGUUCCUUGCGUACGUUGUAAUUGCAUCUUCUUUGAUCCUUACCGAAAUGUGAAACAUAGACUUCCUUUGCUUUUCUUUUUUUCCUGCUAGUGUUGUUGCAGUAGAUUGGACAUGUAAUACAUACUUUUAAAAGCUUGUUUAGUGGAUGUCUGAAGCAAACAAA